UGCGCAGUGCGACGGGCUCCACCGCCUGGUUUGUGUGUGUKGCUUUACUGUUGUUGAAGCAGAGGAGGGAGCAAACUAAGGAUUUCAGUAAAAAAAAAAAAAAAAACAUAUAAAACGCGAGUCGUUUCUGCUGGUUAGUGAGACUCUGGAAGAAGAAGGAGAGCGACAGGAGUGAAGGGCAAAAAGAAGACAAGAAAAAGGAGGAGGAGGACUGGGAGGAGAAAAUUUGGGACAGUGGAAAAUGCUGCGGAUUUGACGAAAAGAUGUCUGGCGUCACCAUGGAAGCGAGCUCCAUGCUCCCCAUCCUAAAAAAGAAGCUGGCCUUCCUCUCAGGAGGCAAGGACCGGCGCAGUGGUCUGAUCCUGACCAUCCCCCUCAACUCGGACCAGACCAGCAUGGAGGAACUUAGCGCCACUCUGGACUACUUGCUCAGCAUCCCCAGUGACAAGUGCAAGGCUCGGGGUUUCACUGUGAUCGUGGAUGGCCGGCGGUCUCAGUGGAACAUUGUGAAGACGGUGGUCCUCAUGCUGCAGAACGUCAUCCCAGCCGAGGUGUCGCUGGUCUGUGUGGUGAAGCCUGAUGAAUUCUGGGAUAAGAAGGUCACCCACUUCUGUUUCUGGAAGGAGAAAGAUCGCCUGGGCUUUGAGGUGAUCCUGGUUUCGGCCAAUAAGCUCACUCGCUACAUCGAACCGUGCCAGCUGACGGACGAUUUCGGAGGAAGUCUGGACUACGACCACAGCGACUGGCUCAACAAGAGGCUGGUUUUUGAGAAGUUCACAAAGGAGUCGACGUCUCUUCUGGACGAGCUGACGAUCAUCAAUGACAGUGAGAAGAGCGCCUCGGUGGACAAAGACAAAUCUACUGAUGGAGCUCUCUUGCCAUCCUUUGAUCCUGAAACUGUCCUCCAGACUGGUCACGAGCUGCUGUCGGAGCUGCAGCAGCGCCGCUUCAACGGCUCAGAGGGAGGAGGAGGAGGAGGAGGGCAGGCAGCUCCAGCUUGGUGCCCCAUGGAGGAGGAGCUGCUGGCUCAGCCUCAGGUGACGAAGCUGCUGGAUUCGCUCAGGGAGCAGUACACCAAAUACCAGGAGCUGUGCAGGCAGCGGAACAAGAGAGCGCAGCUGGACGAGAUCCACACMAAGGUCAUGCAGGUGGUGAACUGGCUGCAGGGUCCCGGUUCAGAGCUGCUGAAGACUCAGCAAACGAUCGGCGAYUCGAUGCGAGCGGCGCAGGCUCUGCAGCAGAAACACGAAGAGAUCGAGAGUCAGCACAGCGAGUGGUUCGCCGUGUACGUGGAGCUGAACCAACAGAUCGCUGCCCUGCUCAGCGCCGGUGAAGAGGAGGAAGUGGCAGAGCUGAAGGGGCUGCAGCAGCAGCUGAGUGACGUCUGCUACAGCCAGGCGUCCCAGCUGGAGACGCGCCAGAACGUCCUGCAGGCGGCGCACGCCUUCCACAGCACCACGCAGGAGUUGUCUCAGCAGCUGGACGGCCUCCUGGGCAUGCUCUGUGCCGACGUGUCCCCCUCCGACGGGGCAUCCAUUCAACAAAACCUCAAACUGCUGGAGGAGAAACUGCAGACUGUUGAAGCAGGCCUGUCCUCGCUCCGUCAGAAGGGGACGCUGGUGCUGGAGCAGAUGUGCGGCCAGGCGUCGUGGGCUCUGGAGGAGGCGGAGAGCCCGCCCGGAGAGCAGCAGGACAACGUUCAGCACGUUCAGGCUGUGAUGGAGGAGAUGGAGCUCCGCAAGCAGAGAUGCAUCGUUCCACCCCUAUUUCAAAGUCAAAAUUUCCUUUUAUGUUUAUUUUUGUCCAUUUUGCUUAAGGUGCUGCAGCAGGAGCGUGUGGAGGUGGAGUCUCUGGAUGAAGUCGACUCUUCAGGCAGAACUCUGCUGGACAGACUCACUUUACCCAUCAUCUUCCCUGAUGGGAGCGAGCAGUUCUUUGGGAGUCCCAGCGACACGGCAGCCACAGCAGAGGGGGUUCGAGAGCGCCUCCUGCUGAUCGAAGAGCGGCGGCUGCAGCUGCAGGAGGCCAGGCUUCUCAACGACGAGGAGGGGGAGGAGCCGGAAGCCGUCAACGGCCUGGAGGGGAGGCUGGAUGUGAUCGGGGAGGAACUGAGCGAGAAGGAGGAGCAGGACGAGGAGGAGAAGGAGGCGGAGCAUCAGGACGAAGACUCUGAACGAGCCACGCAGGACCGCUAGCGGAUGCCCGGCGUYAAACCGAGCAGCCUUAAUGAAGCUCGUCGGUGAGGGGCUGCUGACGUCUGGGGCGC